CGUGACGUCACUGGAGGACGUGCAGAGAUCCCGAGCCGCAGCCUUUACACAGUGACAGAGAGAGGGAGAGAGAGAGAGAGAGAGGGAGAGAGUGACAGAGACAGAGAGAGGAGGCUGAGAGCGGCUACAGGUGCAGCAGGUACCGGGCUCUGGGAGAGGGACAGCAGCGGGUACCGGGCUCAGUUAUUGGGGUACCGGGCUAUGUUAAUAGGGGUAACAUCUCAGUUAUUGGGGUACCGGGCUACAAUAAAUAUGGGUACCGUCUCAGUUAUUGGGGUACCGGGCUCAGUUAUUGGGGUACCGGGCUAUGUUAAUAGGGGUACCGGGCUCAGUUAUUGGGGUACCGGGCUAUGUUAAUAGGGGUAACAUCUCAGUUAUUGGGGUACCGGGCUAUGUUAAUAGGGGUAACAUCUCAGUUAUUGGGGUACCGGGCUACAAUAAAUAUGGGUACCGUCUCAGUUAUUGGGGUACCGGGCUAUGUUAAUAGGGGUACCGGGCUCAGUUAUUGGGGUACCGGGCUAUGUUAAUAGGGGUAACAUCUCAGUUAUUGGGGUACCGGGCUAUGUUAAUAGGGGUAACAUCUCAGUUAUUGGGGUACCGGGCUACAAUAAAUAUGGGUACCGUCUCAGUUAUUGGGGUACCGGGCUCAGUUAUUGGGGUACCGGGCUAUGUUAAUAGGGGUAUCGGGCUCAGUUAUUGGGGUACUGGGCUCAGUUAUUGGGGUACUGGGCUAUGUUAAUAGGGGUAUCGGGCUCAGUUAUUGGGGUACUGGGCUAUGUUAAUAGGGGUAUCGGGCUCAGUUAUUGGGGUACUGGGCUCAGUUAUUGGGGUACCGGGCUAUGUUAUUGGGGUACCGGGUUAUAUUAAUAUGGCUACCGGGCUCAGUUAUUGGGGUACCGGGCUAUGUUAUUGGGGUACCUGGCUAUAUUAAUAGGGGUAUCGGGCUCAGUUAUUGGGGUACCGGGCUAUGUUAUUGGGGUACCGGGCUAUAUUAAUAUGGGUACCGGGCUCAGUUAUUGGGGUACCGGGCUAUGUUAUUGGGGUACCUGGCUAUAUUAAUAGGGGUAUCGGGCUCAGUUAGUGGGGUACCGGGCUCAGUUAUUGGGGGUACCGGACCAUGUUAUUGGGGUACUGGGGUUGGAGGGUAUCUGUCACUGCUCUUUCCCAUUUAUAUGUUCUGUUGUGUGUGUUUUGGGGGGACUCUGUGUGUGCUGGAGGUGUGUGGGUUGGGGGGCUCUGUAUGUUUUGGGAGGCUUUGUGUGUGUGUUUUGUGGGGUUCUGUGUGUGCUAGGGGAUAUGGGGGGCUCUGUGUGUGUGAUGGGAAGGUGUUUUGGGGGGCUCAGUGUGUGAUGAUGUUUGUUGGGGGCUCUGUGUUUGCUAGGGGUGUUUGUUUGGGGGGCUUGUGUUUGCUAGGGGUGUGUGGUUUGGGGGCUCUCUGUGUUUGCUUGGGUUGUGUGGUUUGGGGGGCUCUGUGUUUGCUAGGGUGUGUGGUUUGGGGGGCUCUGUGUUUGCUAGGGGUGUGUGGUUUGGGGGGCUCUGUGUUUGCUUGGGUUGUGUGGUUUGGGGGCUGUGCUCUCUGUGUUUUGCUAGGGUGUGUGGUUUGGGGGGCUCUGUGUUUGCUAGGGGUGUGUGGUUUGGGGCUCUGUGUUUGCUAGGGGUGUGUGGUUUGGGGGGCUCUGUGUUUGCUAGGGGUGUGUGGUUUGGGGGGGCGCUGUGUUUGCUAGGGGUGUGUGGUUUGGGGGGCUCUGUGUUUGCUAGGGGUGUGUGGUAAGGGGGGAGGGGGGGGGGGCUCUGUGUUUGCUAGGGGUCUGUGGGUUAUGGGUGAGUUUCCUGGGUUAAUUCUCUGCAAUGUCUCUCAUUCAUAGUAAGCUGUACAGUGUAUAUCGAUAGCUGUGAUGCUUUAUCUAUGGCUGGGGGUACGUUCUAUUUUAAAACUUUGUAUCUUUAUUCCCGAAUGUUCAGUGAUAUCAACAUAAUUUUUUUUCUGGUUUAUAUCUUUCAGUAAUAUUUUAUAGAGCAUGAUAUUUUCUGUGGUCUAUCUCUUUUGCUCAUCAAAAUAAAUUCUAUCCCCCUGGGGAAGCUGUUGGUUAAGGCACCAAUUUAUAUGCUGGUUAAUUUCUUUCUAGUUGUAGAUUCUGUCCUCUUUGAAAUCAAUUAUAAAAAUGUAAUAAUAUCCCCAGGACAUGCUUGAAAAUGGGAAACUUACCGGUACCACCAGUGCCAAUUAUUAGAUCAUUCAACAGGGUCACCAGGCAUAACAUUCUGAAUAGAAUUUUAAGGGGAAAACAAUCUCUAACUUGCCAUCUUACUGCUCCUGUUGUGCCUUCCUGCCCUGCCAAACCCUCCCCCACAAAACAGGUGGUGGCCAGUCACUUAGCAGGGUUAAUAUCUGGCCUUCUAAUGCUGGCUAGCGUAGUACAGACAUCUGUUAUCCUCGCUGGAUUGUUUGUCUUACCUUUGUGUUAUCGUUUGUGUUUUAUUUAAUUUUAAUUUUAUUUUCAUUAACUCCACCAUUUACUGAUCAGACUUAAUGGGUUUAAUUGAGAUUAAUACAGAAGCGUAAUAUGCACUUUUAAGUAAUAAUGUAAAAAUAUGUUGGCCGUAGACCAUAGAUCAUAACAUUGUAUAAAAUAGUUCUUAGAAUUCCGGAGUCACGGAAUGUCUGCCUCAUUUGGCACAGCCCAAGCUCUUUAGAGCUGCUGACUGUAAAUGUGCAGUAUGUUCGAUGCCGUCACAAGGUCUAUAGACUCCUAAUCCAGGUUAUGAUUUAUUAAGAAGCCGGUAAUGUUGACAAAUUAAAAUUGGUCAAAUUUGAAAUCCUGAAAGAUUUGCGGCCCAGAGAAGACUGGCUGUCAAAUAAUAUUUAUGGAGAUUUAACAAAAGUAGUCCAAUAACCUGGGACGUGUUGAGAAUAUACAAGGUAGUUGACAUGUGCUACGUCAGAUGGCAGAGUACGAGAAUGUAGCUUUUUUUCAGCCUAUUGACAAUGAUAGAUUUGAGGGAUUUUUAUAAAUAGAAGGAAUGGAGGGGGGGAGUGAAUUCUAAAUAUCUUCAUCCUUUUAAUGGGGUCUCUUGCUACUGAUGGGUUGCCCCUGAAACUUGUAUAGUAAUAUAUGUACGACAGGAUAAUUGUUGCCCUGCAGAAAGGCUGGUGGGUGCAUGGACUAACCCUCCAGUACAGGUGGGAUGGAUCCUGCUGUUGAGAUAAUUUUUUUCUGUAUAAAUCAUUCAAUAUAAUGAUGGCGCAUACAUACAAAAUGGGAUUUGUAAUAAAACUCAGGCUAGCUUUUACUCUAAAGGGCAACUGUCCAAAAAUAGGGUAGCUCUUGGCAUUAUUCGGCUCAGGUUAUUUAUGGUCCUUGCUUUUAGAAAUGAUUUCGACCUAGAGGUGUAAAUGUCAGCGAGAGAACGCGUUCCCUGUUCCUGAACAAGAAGCUUUCCUGACAUGGGACGAGAGGGCUUCGGGGAGGGAUAAUAAUAGAACAGUUUUAGUUUGUGGUCGGUCACCGGGGUCAGUCAGGUCAUCAGCAGGGACACAAAAAUAAAUACCCUAACCUUUCAAUGAUAUACUGGCUGCAAACAUAUCGUUAUUAUAGAUAAUAUUGAUGUGCAGAUAAUAAAUCAAACAAAUAAAGUUGAUUUAUAUAAAGUUAUCUAACAAGUUAUAUUGAUAUGCUCCAUUAAGUGUUCCCAUAUUGGUAUUAAAGUCCUGUCACCCAGAUUUUGUCAUAGCACCAUUAAAACUGUGUUUUGUUACUAAGGUUGGAGUGCUCUGUGUGUGUUUUGUGGGGUUCUAUGUGUGCUAGGGGUGUGUGGGUUGGGGGCUUCUGUGUGUGCUGGGGGGUGUGGGUUGGGGGGCUCUGUGUUUGCUGGGGGGGCUCUGUGUGUGCUGGGGGUGUGUGGGUUGGGGGGCUCUGUGUGUGCUGGGGGUGUGGGUUGGAGGGCUCUGUGUGUGUGAUGGGAAGGUGUUUUGGGGGGCUCUGUGUGUGAUGAGAAGAUGUUUUGGAGGGAUCUGUGUUUGCUAGGGGUGUGUUGUUUGGGGGGCUUCUCUGUUUGCAAGGGGUGUGUGGUUUGGGGGGCUCUGUGUUUGCUAGGGGUAUGUGGUUUGUGGGGCUCUCUGUUUGCUAGGGGUGUGUGGUUUGUGGGGGUCUCUGUGUUUGCUAGGGGUGUGUGGUUUGGGGGGCUCUGUGUUUGCUAGGGUUGUGUGGUUUGGGGGGCUUUGUGUUUGCUAGGGGUGUGUGGUUUGUGGGGCUCUGUGUUUGCUAGGGUUGUGUGGUUUGGGGGGGCUCUGUGUUUGCUAGGGUUGUGUGGUUUGGGGGGGUUUGUAUUAUUUAAAGGGACACUAUAGUCACCAGAACAACUACAUCUUAUUAAUUUGUUCUGGUGAGUAGAAUCAUUACCUUCAGGCUCUUUGCUGUAAACACUGUCUUUUCAGAGAAAAUGCAGUGUUUACAUUACAGCCUAGUGAUAACUUAACUGGCCACUCCUUAGAUGGCUGUUAGAGAUCCUUCCUGGGUCAUGGCUGCCUAAAAUGCAUCCAAACAUUCAGUAUCGCCUCCCUCUGCAUGCAGACACUGAACUUUACUCAUAGAGAUUCAUUGAUUCAAUUCAUCUCUAUGAGGAGAUGCUGAUUGGCCAGGGCUGUGUUUGAAUCAUGCUGGCUCUGCCCCUGAUCUGCCUCUUUGUUAGUCUCAGCCAAUCCUAUGGGGAAGCAUUGUGAUUGGAUCAGGCUACCACUUCUGAUGAUGUCAGAAGACUGCUUGUUUUUCAGCAUGCAAAGUUACAGCUUCAGGCUUGAAUACAGUAAGAUUUUUACUAUAUUUAUAGAGGCAUGAGGGGUCCAGGGGGGCUAGAUAGUGGUGUUAACACUAUAGGGUCAGGGAUACAUGUUAGUGAACCUUUUGGUCCUUAUUCCUUAGUCCCCUUUCUCAAAGAUGGGUUCAAGUAGAAUCGGGUAUUUAGUAUCCAUUUUACACUGUAUCAGCUCAGAAAGUGGAUACUACCUGAUUCUACUUAAACCCAUCUUCGAGAAAGUGGACUAAAGUAUAAGGACUUAAAUAAUACGUAUUAUCAAAAUAAUAUUACUCCAAAGUAUUGGUGGUUCAUCUUCUAAGCGCUUAAAUUUUUUUAUACAUUGUCUGAGAAUUUUGGGAAAGUUUAUAAUAUGUAUAGCUUCUUACUUUCUUAUCUCUAAUUUUAUUAUGGUAUAUUGUAGCUAUAUUACCUGUUGUGCUUUCUAAUUUAGAUUUUUUUGUUUAAAAAGAAAAAAAAGUUGCCUAAUGCUAGUCUCAGUUCCAAUACAAUGCUUCCCAUAGCACACAAUGGGAGAUACUUAGCAUUCGCGGCAACUACAGCGGUCCGCUGGUAGAAUGUGUUUCUCAGAGAAGCAUUGAAUCCAGUGCUUCUCUGAGAAACAUAUUCCAUGAUGUUGCUAUGGUUUCUGAACGUCCUGGGAGCUGUCAUUCCUUAAGAAUUUAAACCGUUUUUUUAACCUUAAAGUUGUGUAGACGUUGUCCGUCUACUUAGCACCUCGUCUUCUGGCCAAGUCCUCGUUUUCAGUUAUGAAUCAUCGGACUGGGCGCUGAUGAUGGAUUAAGAGCAUCAGAUGGUACUCUCAGCCAAACACUAGCUUCCCAUUCACAAUACUGUGUGAGAAAGGUACGCACUAUUCUUGUAUUGUCUCAUUGCAACAGCCUGCUAGCCAUUCCUGGACUGCACUGUGCCGGUGUCUCCUUGGCAGCUGUAUAGCGUUCUCCUGGCGGAUAGGCCUGGCAAUGAGCUCUGUUUAUGAUUUAUUGUCAUACAUCACGUGCCUUCCCCUCCAGCCAGAGGCAUUUAUCUGUCUGCCUCUGAAUCAAUGUGUGUCUCUGUAUCUGAAGUGUAGGGAUUGUGCUGACAGUCCUGGGGCACACUGAGUAGACUGCUGGCAACACAUACAGUGCAGCACACUAAAAUAAACCUUGUGAUUAUGCCAUUUUUAUACAAUUUAUAAUCCGUUAACAAGGAGAUUCCAGGGCAGUAUAUACUUAAAGGGACACUCCAAGCACUGUAACCUGUAAAUAUUGCAUCUCCCUCUUUUAAGAGGCCUCGCUGCAGAAACUGCAAAAAGUUCACAUUUGCAGCAAACACAGGAACCUCAGGGGUGAGCAUAUUAUCAUUCAUUAUUUCCAAAGCUAUAUAUUUUAUAUAUUUUAAUUUUAGCAGACAUGAAGGAUCAUUUUUAAUUUAUUAUUAAUUAUUUUUAUUCCUGGUGUCUACAUGGGGUUUCUAAGAAAAGAAGCUAAACGUUACGCCAGGCUCGCCUUGCGUUCACACCCUGUUCUGUUUAGCUGUUCCGCUUGCUUUAGGCAAUGGAAGGGAGCGGUUUGAGCUCAGAUUCACCAUGCUGUGGUUAUAGGUGAUGUAACAUGUUAAAGAACGGAAGCAAUCUGCAUCUUAGACUACCUGUCUGUGUUUUUUUUUUUUUUUUUUUUAUGAAAACAUACAGAUGUGUCCACAUUUUCAGAUCUAGCUUAAAGGACCACUAUAGGCACCCAGACCACUUCAGCUCAUGAAGUGGUCUGGGUGCCAUGUCUCCCUAGUUUUAACCCUGCAGCUGUAAACAUAGCAGUUUCAGAGAAACUGCUAUGCUUACAUUGCAGGGUUAAACCAGCCCCUAGUGGCUGUCUCCCUGACAGCCACUAGAGGCAGUUCCGCGAUUCUCAGUGUGAAAAUCGCAUUGAACUCACGCAGCGUGAGUUCAGAUCCCCAUAGGAAAGCACUGAAUAAUGCUUUCCUAUGGGCGGUUUGAAUGUGCGCACGGCUCUGACCGCGCAGCGCAUUCGACUCCACUCUGGAGCUGACGUCAGCAGGGGGAGGAGUGGUCACCAGUGCCGAGGGAGCUGGCUGAAGGGGUUUUAACCCCUUCAGCCCAGCGGUAGGGGGCAAUGAGGGAGGGGGGGACCCAAUAAUCCUAUAGUGCCAGGAAAACGUGUUUGUUUUCCUGGCACUAUAGUGCUCCUUUAAAUGAACGCUAUAGGCCAGGGGUGCCCAAAAGGUAGAUUCCCCAGAUGUUUUAAAACUACAGCUUGCAUGAUGCUUUGUCAUUCUAAAUACAUUAUGGGAGUUGUAGUUCUCCAACAUCUGGGGAUCUACCGUUUGAGCACCUCUGCUAUAGGCACUGUAGGUUUUGGUGUAUAGAUGAUGCUUCUGCAGUCUCACCGCUCAAUUAUCUGUCAUUUAGGAGUUAAAUCAAUUUGUUUAUACAGCUCUAGUCACACCUCCCUGUAUGUAUCUUGUGCAGCUUUCCUAAACACUUCCUGUACAGAUAGCUCUAAUGAUUAAACGUCCUUUAUUGCACAUUCUGUUUCAUUUAGAAUUUUGUAUAUCUCCUUCUUUGUUAAUAGCUUGUUAGACUGUGCAUGAGCCUCCUCUAUGUGAUUAAAGUUAAAUUUACAGAGCAGGAGAUAACAACUUAUUAAGCAAGCUAACAUCUGAUAUAAAAUGAAACUUUUUUUAUGCAGCCAGUGGAGGUGUGACAAGGGCUGCAUAAACAGAAAUAAAAGCGAUUUAACUUCAAAAUGGCAGAGAAUUGAGCUGUUAGACUUCAGGGCAAGAUCUAUAUACUAAAACGACUUAAUUAAAGGAUCACUAUAGUGUCAGGAAAACAAACUCGUUUUCCUGACACUAUAUCAUCCUUAGGAGCCUCCACCCUUAGGGUCCCCCUCCCUUGGCGCUGAAGGGGUUAAAACCCCAUUCAGUUACUAACCUUUAGACAGCGCCGGGCUCCCUCGACGCUGGUGAACUCUCCUCCCCCGCCGACAUCAGCUCCCAAGUGGAGCGGAAUGCGCAUGCACGGCAAGAGCUGCACGCGCAUUCAAGCAGUCCAUAGGAAAGCAUUUCUCAAUGCUUUCCUAUGGACGUUCUGCACACUGGAUGCGAUUUUCGCAUCCAGCGUCGCAGAAGCACCUCAGGAAGACAGCCACUAGAGGUUGGAUUAACCCCAAAUGUAAACAUAGCAGUAUCUCUGAAAGGUUAAAACCUGGGGGACCUGGCACCCAGACCACUUCAUUGAGCUGAAGUGGUCUGGGUGACUAUAGUGUCCCUUUAAAGUAUAGGCCCCCAGCCACAGUGAGCUAAGUGAAAGUUGGUUUUACUCAUCUUUCUUACAGCGCCGUGCAGGUCCGUCGCGACUUGCCCCACCCCAUCAAACCUGAUCAUCACAGCCAAUCUAAUGGUUUCCCAUAGGAAAGGAUUGCAAAGCUAUUGCGCAUGCGCAGCAAAACGCUGAGCUGCACCAAUUAGCAUCUCUUUAUAAAGAUGCAUUGAAUCAGUGCAACCCUCCAUGCAGAGGGUGGAGACGUUGAUCGUCAGUGCUGCACAGUUUACAGAAAGCCCCUCUAGUUGCCAACUGAGUGACUGCCACUAGAGGUGUUACUAGGCAGCAGUUAGUACAGGUUCCCAUUGUUUUCUAUAUCAAUUGCUAACAUGCGUUGCCUCGGAUUACAGCUGGCCGAGUAGCUUCAUCCACAAAAUCCUAAUUUGUUAUUUUUCUUAAUAAAGCUACUGAUAACUACUAAAAAUAUCUAAAUGUCCACCAAAGGGAAAAGAUUUGUCAGAGCACCUUCCAAAAUGGAGCUACUUUUUUGAAGCAGUGGGUUCAGCCACGUUAUAUUUAUUUUAUUUGUUUCCUUCCUAUAAAAUUUCCCACGUAGAAGCUCAUUAGACCAUUGUUUGAGACAGUAAGGCGUUAAUUAUGUGGUUUAAAACAAAACAUAUUUCUCAAAUGUUUGUGCAAUUCUGCAGUGAGAAAAAAAAGGCUUCUCGGUACAGAUCUGGACUCUAUAAAUGUGGUGUCCGGAUAAACAAUCUAAUUUUUCAGCUGGAAGCUUCAAUGGCGACUCUGGAAUAUGGAAUAUUCAUUGAAUGACAUAACACGUGAUUGAGCCUGGGGAGUUCUGGAACCACAAAGGACAAAACAGCAUGCAUUAUUAAUAAAAUACAAUCUCUCAAACCCCUCACAAGAUGGAAGUGUUCAUAAAAAAAGCUUUUCCUGAAAAAACAAUGAGCGCAAAGAUAUAGGAGGAUAAUCAACAGAAAAUGUGUUUAAAGACACAAAAAUCUGCUAAAAUAAACCUACUAAAUAGUGCACAAUGUUAUUGUAAGAUAUUUAUGAGAAAGUAGAAUCUAAAUUGCGUUGCCAUUUUAUACCGCGCUCCAUCUUGUGGUGACGCCGUUUGUUAUAGUCUGCGACUGGAGGUUAAAGGAGAAUUGUUACUUGCCAGGAUUUGUACUAUUUACUUAUCCCUAUAUUAAACACAGUUAUGUAUUUGUGAGGAGAGAAAAAUAACCAAAUGGAGAAACCCACAGCUCUUGCAAAAGGAUGCGCCAUCUUGGCUCGCUGUCAAUCAUUUUGAUAAGUUCUGUCCUUUGCAUUUGAAACACUUUGCUAAUGAAAAAUGAGGGAGGGAGAUUUACUCAUGUGUGACCUCUGCCUUUGCCUUGUUUGAACUGAAUUUGCUAAAUCUUUAAUAUUAAAGAAAAUUGCCUACAUCUAGUGUUUACCUUUUUUUUGGUCAGCCCAUAGAAGAGUCAGUUCUUCUUUAAAAUUGAAGAUUAUGCUAGCUUUAGUGUACUAAUAAUCUUAAUUUUAAUAAGGACAGGAGGUGAGUAUUUUGCAUUAACUCUCUUUACUAAACUCCACAGCAGUAAAGAAAAACGUAAAGAGUAACAAAUAAAUCACUGAGCAGCAUAGUAUAUAAGGGUCAUGCUGCCUGUACACUUCCUCUUUCUUAAAGCGACAUCCAAGUCCAGAUAGAGCUCAAACAUCCAGAAACUCAACGAAACAGGAACUGCGGUCUCUGGCGAGCGGAACUUGAGGAGACUCCUGGUAACGAGAUAGGAGGAAAGACCAAACUAAGCUGUCAUCCCAUCUUACGGAGUCAUGAGGUUAACGAACCAGCGACCAGUGGAGGUCCUGAAGAGGGUUACACUGAAAGGAGAGUAUAAAAUCGGUUAGGUACUGAACCGUAACUGUUCACGCCUGUGGGCUUUAACAGAAUGGUGUAAGUAAAACAGAACAGACAGACAGUAAGCUGGCCAUAGGCUAAGUGUGUGUUAGGUGUAAGCAUGUUGUACAACUAAACUGUCCGUCUAAGUGGAAACACCGGGAUAGAGAUGGAAGGGAUACCGAAUAUAUACAGAAGGUAGAGUAACUACUAACACGAAUCCCAAAAUCCAUCACCUUAAGAUCCACUCCCCCGAGGAGUCAGGGUAGGGAACAAAAGGGAGGGAAAAUACUCGCCUCCUGUCCUUAUUAAAAUUAAGAUUAUUAGUACACUAAAGCUAGCAUAAUCUUCAAUUUUAUAACAUGACAGGAGGCUUCCUAUUUUGCAGUUUUAACGCUGAAGAAGAGACAUCCCAGCAGAAGGGGGAGUGCGAAAGUAAAAUGUACGGAAAGUGGAUUCCCUAGACCAGUCCGCCGUUCGGAGGAUAUCCGACAGGGACGCCCCUGCCAGGAAGGCUGAUGACGCCGCCGCUCCGCGAACGGAGUGGGCGCCGAAUGCGGGGUCUAUACCUGCGAGGGAAAGGAUCCAGCGGAUCCAUCGGGCCAAGGUGGUAACCGAGACUGGGGCGUGAGGGCGCACGUAGGAGACUAAGAGUUGGCCCGACGUAGAGGACCGGAGCGAGGAGGUAACCGAAACAUACCUGCGGAGGGUGGACACGACACAAAGCUGCGGGUCGUCGGGAAAAAAUGGGUAAAAGACCGAGGUCGAACCCGACUUAGUGCGACGGGAAAUGUGAAACGUGACCCCUUCAGGGGCCACUUCGAAAGCGUCCACGUCGAAGGCCCGAACGUCCGAAACCCGUCGGAAAGAUACGAGGCAGAGGAGGAAAGCGCACUUAGCGGAUAGUUGGCGUAGGGAGAGGCGGUCAUUCGGAAGCCAAUCCCUGAAGAAGCGGAGAACCAGUCCCACAUCCCAUAGGUGAGGGUAUCUGGGGGCCGGGGGACGGCGGAGCCGCAUACCGCGGAGUAGACGGCAGACCAGAGGGUCUUUGCCGACCGGGAGAUCCCCGACGGGGGUGUGAGCCGCCGAAAUCGCGGAGCGCACGACGUUGACCGAACGGUAAGAGCGGCCAGAUGAAAACAAGGAGGAGAGAAAAUUAAGAAUCACGGGAAUAGGUGCUGUAAAGGGAUCGGAGUCCCGUUCCAUGCACCAAGUAGACCAGGAGGCCCAAGCUGAAAGGUAACAGCGUCUAGUUCCCGGGGCCCAGGAGUCCCAUAAGAGGUCCCUAGCAGCCUGCGAUAGUCCGCUGACUCGCCAGGAACCCCCGAAAGAGACCAAGCCACCAGAGGUAGCCGGUCUUCCAGGAGUAGUGGGUGGAGAUGCCCUUUGGGAUCCGUGAGCAGGUCCGGGAAGGAUGGUAGGAGAAGAGGGUCCCUGUAGGAGGAGGCCAGGAGGUCCGGGAACCAUGGUUGGCUCUGCCACAAGGGUGCUAUGACAACCAGUUUGAUCUGUUGCGUCCGUAUCUGGUGUAGUGUUCUCGCAAUCAUGGAGAAUGGGGGAAAGGCGUAGGCUCCUGUCGACGGCCAUUGUUGGAGAAAUGCGUCUGUCGCCUUGCUCUGCGGGUCCGGGAGCCAGCUGAAGAACUCCGGGGUCUGGUGAUUGUUGUGAGAGGCAAACAGAUCCAGGUGAAAGGGACCCCUCCGGGCUGCAAGGGCCCUGAAGAUUCUCGUGUUUAGCUUCCAGUCGCUGACGUCUCUCCAGUGGCGAGAGAACCAGUCGGCUGUGAGAUUGAUUUCUCCUGGCCAGUAUUCUGCCUGUAGCGUGAUGUUGCGAGGGAGGCAAUAGUCGAAAAUGCCUCUCGUGAUAUCCGACAGCAGGCGAGAGCGAGCGCCUCCCAGGCGGUUGAUGUACUGGACUGCGGAUACAUUGUCCAUGCGCAGGAGGAUGCAGCAGUUGGAUCUUUCCCGGGCCAAGCUGCGAAUCGCGAAGGAUCCUGCCAGGAGUUCGAGGCAAUUGAUGUGCAUGGAGAGCUCCUGCGCCGUCCAUGUUCCCCCCGUGGAGAUGGUUCCGUUGGUGGCACCCCAUCCCCACAGGCUGGCGUCUGAUUCCAGUACGAAGUCUGGGGCGUCUUCGAAUAUGGCCCUGCCGUUCCAGGCUUGCAUGCUGUCCAGCCACCAUGAUAAUUCCUCGCGAACCUCCAUCGUCACCGGGACGGGUUGGUCAUAAGUAGGCCUGCGGCGUAGGUAUUUCGCCUUGAGACGUUGCAUGGCCCUGUAGUGGAGGGGACCCGGAAAUAUGGCCUGAAUGGAAGCCGAGAGGAGUCCUACAAUCCUGGCCAGAUUGCGUAGUGGAAUGGAAUCGAGACGGAGAACCCUGCGAAUCUCCUUGCGAAUGGCUGUGAUCUUUGAGGCUGGUAGCCUCAGAGUGCAUGUCGUCGAGUCGAUCUCGAAGCCGAGGAAUUGUAUCGUCUGGGUAGGGGUCAGUUCCGAUUUCUGUUGGUUUACGAUUGUAAGGAAAUCCCAUAUAGCUGAACCGCUUUGAUAAUUCCUCCUGCAAUGCCAGCGUCUAAGGUAGUUCCAAGCAAUGAAGUCCCUAAGAAAUAUAACAGCUUCCCAAGAUAAUCCCCUUGGUAAAGCAUACGAAUUCCCAAAUAACAGUCAGAGUCCAGAAUCAGGAUACAAGUAGAUCUGAGGUCUGGAAUCUCCAGCCUGCUUUUUAUUACGGUUACAGACAAGAAAUACACACCCAGGGGGAGGCAUUAAAUCACCAAUCAGGAAUAGGUUACAGCCCAUACCUCCCUCCCCUCUGAUAAACAGUUAACUUAAUUAAAACGUGCACUAUUUUACCCCAGUUCUGGAUGUACCCCAAAAACAGGGGGUACACCUUUAAAUCUGGUACCGCUGGAUAGUUCUCAUUUGUGUGGACAACAUAUCGAAAAAUCAGUCCAUUCGGAUGAAUGGUUCGGGAGUUAUGGAACACUAAAGUUUUGACCGACCGCACGGACCAUCUAGCCGAAAAUAGUUCCAUAAGUUUUGGCCCUGCGGUCGGUCUCCGUUUAGGCGAAUAAAAGAGACGAAAGCCCUGCCAUCCAUUCGCAUCUUUGGGAUCGUUGAAAUCCCCAUACGAAGUUGCAUGUAACUACCGAACGGCCGGUGAUUCGGUUGUUCUCGUGCGAAGUUCUGGAUGUAUGGAGGUCUCAGCGGUGUUCGCCUGUUUGCGUAUCCGAUUUUAGUUCCACGCGUUGACGGGCAAACACCGCUGUUCGCACGUAAAAUGGCUGCGGCCACGUGUAAAGUGCCGAAAUGGCGGCCACCUAUAUUUUACACAGGGAAUUCGCCUGAAUACAUCCGAAAGGUAGAAAUCCUGAUUAACGGAGUCAUUUCUUCACACUGCUCCCCUAUAAGUCCAUAGGUCGGCAUACCCGCCUAGACCCUGUCGGGUUGGCUUGGGGAUGUCCGAUGAAAGUAUGUUUUUAGGUGUCCAGUUCGGUCUGGCGGGACAGUCCAUCCGCAUUCCCAUUUUGUUUACCCGGACGGUACUGCAUGGUAAAAUUGUAUGGUUGGAGAGCUAGGCUCCACCGGAGUAGCCUGGGGUUGUCACCAGCUACCCGGUUGAGCCAUACCAGGGGGUUGUGGUCGGUCAUAAGGGUAAACGCUCGCCCAUACAGAUAGGGCUGAAGUUUCUUGAGGGCCCACACGAGGGCCAAGCACUCUUUUUCUACGGUGGCAUAGCUGACUUCUCGGGGCAAAAGUUUACGGCUGAGGUAUGCCACGGGUGUUCCAUGCCAUCCGCCCCCACCUGGCUUAGCACGGCUCCCAGCCCAAACAUGGAGGCAUCUGUGUGGACAAGAAAUUGUUUAGUGUAAUCGGGUGCUGCCAACACAGGGGCCUCACUCAAUGCCGCUUUGAGCUUCUGGAAAGCGUCCGUGCACUCUGGGGUCCAGGCGACCUGUUUGGGAAGGGCCUUUUUGGUAAGGUCCGUGAGGGGCUUGGCCAGGGCGCUAUAUUCUGGGACGAACUUCCUGUAAUACCCGGCCGUCCCUAAGAAAGCCAGUACCUGGGUUUUGGUCCGGGGUUGGGGCCAGUUAGCUAUGGCCUCUACCUUAGCGGGCUCUGGGCGUUGUCUACCGGAGCCGACCCGGUGACCUAGAUACUGGACCUCGGCUAGGCCUACGUGACAUUUGUCGGGUUUCAAAGUGAGCCCGGCGAGGUGGAUUCGUUCGAGUACCCUGGACACAUGACCCAGAUGGUCUCCCCAUGUGCGGCUAUAGAUGGCAAUAUCAUCUAGAUACGCACAUGCGAAGUCCUGCAACCCCUCCAGGAGCCUAUCCGCCAUCCGCUGAAACGUAGCCGGGGCGUUCUUCAUCCCAAAGGGCAUAACCUUGAAUUGGUAUAGCCCAAACGGGGUGACGAACGCCGACUUGGGGAUGGCCGCAGGCUCCAGGGGGAUCUGCCAAUAACCCUUGCACAGGUCCAGGGUAGUCAAGUAGUUCCCCCCCGCCAUACGAUCUAAGAGCUCAUCUAUUCUAGGCAUGGGGUAGGCAUCGGUUAUGGUACGGUCGUUAAGCCUCCGGUAAUCUACGCAGAAGCGCGUAGUGCCGUCGCGCUUCGGUACUAGUACCACCGGGGAGGCCCAAGGACUUUGGGAGGGUUCUAUUACCCCUAGCCGUAACAUAUCCCUUAACUCGGUGAGCAUACUCUCACGUACUGCUUCCGGGAUCCGAUAUGGCUGUUGCCGUAGGGCGUCUCUCCCUGGGUUUCCACACUGUGGACCGCAGCGGAGGUAUAGCCGGGGGUAGCGGAAAACAUCUCUCGGUAUCCCUGCAGCAGUUGAGUAGCCUCACCUUUCUCCAGGUGGUCUAAAUUUUGCCCCAAGCUUACUUGGUCAAUCGUACAGGGGGUGGUCUCCAGUAAGUCAGGAAGGGGAAGCCCUUCACUAUCCUCUGUGGCGGGGGCGCACACAGCGCCCACCUCCUCUGUCCUUUCAAAAUAUGGUUUGAGCAUGUUCACAUGGAAGGCUUUGGUCAGCCUUUCAUCUGAGCAUUUGCUCACGAUGUAGGUAGUCUCGCUAACCUGUUCCACUACCUUAAAGGGUCCCUGCCAGGCUGCUUGAAGCUUGUCCUUUUUAACGGGCCUCAGAGCCAGUACCUUCUGCCCUAAGUCCAGCACUCUAUCCUGGGCCCUCCUAUCGUACCACUUUUUCUGGUCCUCCUGGGCCGCCUGCAGGUUCUCCCGAACCGAUUCGGUGAGGGCCCGCAGACGGUCCCGGAACUCCAGGACAUACUGGACGAUAGGGACUCCCCCCUCAUCUGUAUUGCCCUCCCAGUGUUCCCGUACGAGCUCCAGUGGGCCCCGAACUUUUCUCCCGUACAGGAGUUCGAAGGGGGAAAACCCAGUGGAGGCCUGGGGCACCUCACGGUAGGCAAACAGAAGGUGGGGGAGGAAUUUUUCCCAAUUCUUGUGGGACUCUGUAAAAGUUUUUAGCAUCUGUUUUAGAGUGCCAUUGAAACGUUCACAGAGCCCGUUAGUCUGGGGAUGAUACGGGGCGCUGAACAGGGGCUGCACUCCACAGCUCUGCCACAGUUGUUGCGUCAGGGUGGCUGUGAACUGCGUCCCCCGAUCGGAGAGUAUCUCCUGCGGGAAACCUACUCGGGUGAAUAUCUGAAUAAGGGCCUCUGCCACGGUCUCGGCCUCUAUAUUGGUGAGGGCGACUGCCUCCGGGUAUCUAGUGGCGUAGUCAACCACCGUUAGGAUAAACUUUUUGCCCGACGGACUGGGGCGACUGAGGGGACCUAUUAAAUCCACCGCUACUCGGUGGAAGGGCUGUUCGAUGAUGGGUAGGGGGUGAAGCUUAGCCUUCCGAAGGUCUCCCCUUUUUCCUACCCUUUGGCAUACAUCACAUGUCCUACAAUAGUACUUUAGGUCCUGGGUAGCUCUGGGCCAGAAGAAGGUUUGAGUUAACCUGUCUCUGGUCUUUUUGACCCCUAAAUGUCCUGCUAGGGGAAUGUCAUGACUGAGUUUUAACAACUCAGCCCGAAAUUUACGGGGCACAACUAACUGUCUUUUUAUGACCUGGGUAGCCCCCUGUCCCACCCCCUCGGUUACCCUAUAUAGCAACCCCUUAUACCACUCAAAUUUUUCGUGCGGGUUGUUCUCGGGGGUAGCGGCCGCGGCCUUCCUAUAGCCUUCUAAUGUGGGGUCAGUACGCUGUUCCUGUUCAAACCCCUGGGGGGUAUCCCAGAAGGGUACGGGGGGAUCGGGUAAAGGGGGUAUUUCGACUCUUACCUGGUUUUCCUCAGAGUGCAGCGGAGCUUCCAGUCUGGCUUGAGCUCGGGUGGUAACCGGGUAGGCCUCGGCAGGGGGGUCUCGGGCUAGUUGGGAGGUUAGGCAUCCCACAUCAUUUCCCAACAAAACCUCGGCGGGCAGUUCUUGCAUAAUCCCCACCUCCAGUUGUUUAGACCCGGAACCCCAAUCAACAAACAUAUUAGCGGUGGGCAGUUUGUGAAUAGCGCCCCCAGCCACCCUUACAGCGACUGUGCGUCCGGUGCGAGCUUGUGCUCUGACCGUGUGGGGCUGUACCACAGUCAAAGUAGCCCCAGAGUCUCUCAGCGCCCGGGCCCCCACGCCAUCGACGGUAAUCCAUUGGCGGUGAUGGUCCCGGUUGUCCCCCCCAGCUUGUACUGGAUUGACCUCAUGUAAUACACUCCACUGUUCUUCGUGGUUAAGGCCAGGGCCUGUGUGAUCCUGUUGCACACAGUGCGCAGCUGCCCUGGGUUGUUGUGGGGCUGGCCGUUCCCAGCUUCCCCGGUUUAAGCGAGGGCACUGAUACUUGUAAUGUCCUGGUUGCUUGCAGUAGUGACACACUGCAGGAGGUCGAGGUGUGUUUGCUGGGUUCGGUGGGGGGUUACCUAUGGCAGGUCUAGGUGGAGCCGGGUUGGUUGGAGCUGUGUACUGAGGCUUAAAUGGUGGUCUGCUCGCCCCUUGCUCUUUCCUCCUGUUAUCCUGGUACUCGUCCGCUAGCCUAGCGGCCUCCUCCACGAUUUUUGGUUUCCUAUCUUUUACCCAGUCUUUUAUGUCCUCUGCAGUAUGAUUAAAAAAUUGCUCCAGUAUCACUAGUUGUAAAGCCUCUUCUAGGGUGGUUGCCUGGCAGCCCUUCAUCCAAUUGCGGGCUGCCCGCUGCAGGCGAAAAGCCCAUUCCGUAUGGGAAUCUCUCCCAGUCUUUCUCAGGUCUCUUUUUCCGGUAUGCCUCCGGAGUUACCGCAUAUCUGGCCAACAAAAUGUCUUUUAUUUUCUCAUAAUUAUGUAUGUCCCCCUCAGGUACUGCUCGCAGCGCCUCGGCUGCUCUACCUGACAAUUUACUGCUGACGACUGCAGCCCAUUUGGUGGAGUCUAAUCCCUCCAGUGCACACUGGCGUUCAAAGUCUUGCAAGUAACUGUCAAUUUCCAUUUCAUUGUCAACAAAUGAUUUAAACGCUGCAUAAUUUACCUUCUUUGGUAUUUCCCCAAUACUUCUCGGGGGGUGUAGCAAAUCCCCCUGUGACGCUCUGUCCCGGUCAUCUCGCUCUUUUUGCGCUUGUCUGGCUUGUGCUACGACCUGCAGUAUCGCCUCUGAGGAUGGAUUGGGUCCCAAUAAACUGAGUGUCCAUCGGAUGUCCUUUUGCAUCACGGUUUCUUCCUCUUGGUCCAUCUCUAUAUUACUGGUAUUAUCGCUCUGCAUUAACUCCGCAAUUAUCGUGGCUUUUGUUUUGUUACUUGCCACUCUGCCUCGAGCUUCCAGUAAGUCCUUUAGCGUGGUUCUUUUAAGUAGCUGGUACUGCUGAGCCAUUCAUUCCUUUGCUUGUUUUGAAAUGUCCAUUUGGGAUUCGAAUCCCUCCGCUUGCCACCAGUUGUAAGGAAAUCCCAUAUAGCUGAACCGCUUUGAUAAUUCCUCCUGCAAUGCCAGCGUCUAAGGUAGUUCCAAGCAAUGAAGUCCAUAAGAAAUAUAACAGCUUCCCAAGAUAAUCCCCUUGGUAAAGCAUACGAAUUCCCAAAUAACAGUCAGAGUCCAGAAUCAGGAUACAAGUAGAUCUGAGGUCUGGAAUCUCCAGCCUGCUUUUUAUUACGGUUACAGACAAGAAAUACACACCCAGGGGGAGGCAUUAAAUCACCAAUCAGGAAUAGGUUACAGCCCAUACCUCCCUCCCCUCUGAUAAACAGUUAACUUAAUUAAAACAUGCACUAUUUUACCCCAGUUCUGGAUGUACCCCAAAAACAGGGGGUACACCUUUAAAUCUGGUACCGCUGGAUAGUUCUCAUUUGUGUGGACAACAUAUCGAAAAAUCAGUCCAUUCGGAUGAAUGGUUCGGGAGUUAUGGAACACUAAAGUUUUGACCGACCGCACGGACCAUCUAGCCGAAAAUAGUUCCAUAAGUUUUGGCCCUGCGGUUGGUCUCCGUUUAGGCGAAUAAAAGAGACGAAAGCCCUGCCAUCCAUUCGCAUCUUUGGGAUCGUUGAAAUCCCCAUACAAAGUUGCAUGUAACUACCGAACGGCCGGUGAUUCGGUUGUUCUCGUGCGAAGUUCUGGAUGUAUGGAGGUCUCAGCGGUGUUCGCCUGUUUGCGUAUCCGAUUUUAGUUCCACGCGUUGACGGGCAAACACCGCUGUUCGCACGUAAAAUGGCUGCGGCGACGUGUAAAGUGCCGAAAUGGCGGCCACCUAUAUUUUACACAGGGAAUUCGCCUGAAUACAUCCGAAAGGUAGAAAUCCUGAUUAACGGAGUCAUUUCUUCACAACGAUAAACCCCAAAGACUCCAGUAGGGACACUGCCAGGUGAGUGUGUUGGCGUAGUCUGUGUUCGUCGGCGCAGAAGAUGAGGAGAUCGUCUAAGUAGAUGAUGCAUCGAAUGCCCCUUGAUAUUAGGUGGGCCACCACUGGUUUUAGGAGCUUGGUGAAGCACCAUGGGGCUGAGCUGAGCCCGAAAGGGAGGCAAGUGAAUUGCCAAGGGCGUCCGUGCCAGAGGAAACGUAGGAGUGCUCGACAGUCCGGGUGCACCGGGACUGACAGAUACGCGUCCUUUAGAUCGAGUCUGGUGAACCAGUCGUUGCUUCGAAGAAGGUCUCGCAGGAGGUGGAUGCCUUCCAUCUUGAAGUGGCGAUAGACCACAUAUGCGUUGAGGGCGCGUAGAUUGAUGACGGGGCGGUAUUCUCCCGACUUUUUCCGAACCAGGAAGAUGUUGCUGAAGUAACCACCCCCGUCGCGGGCCGGCUGGAUAGCCCCUUUGUCUCGGAGCUCGCGUAGCUCCGUGUUGACAAGGUUGUGGUCGGAGGGUGACAUGUGGAUGGGGCGAGGGGGCUGAACCUGAAAAGGGGUCCCCACUAGGUCUAUGAUAUAACCCUGUACAGUUUGUAGGAUCCAUGUGUCUGAGCAUAGGGCGGCCCAAUUCUGGAAAGAAAGGGAAAUACGGCCCGCAGUGCGGGUACAUGGUAACAGUGGAGGAAUAUGGGUCCUUACCUGCGGUAAAGCGGGAACGUCCGCGUCCGCGAGGUCCACGACCUCUAUCCGAGCCUCUGGAAAAGGGUUGCUGCCGGUAGUCUCUUGUCGGGUAAAAUGGUGUUGGUUGGGUGCGGGGGCCUGAAGGCCAAAAUCGGCUGGCGGCACGGCCCCGUUGCCGGCCAGCCCUUCCAAAAACCCCUCUGGUAGGGUUGCUUCUGAAAACUCUGCGCAUUGAGGACUGCGCCUUAUUGAGGGAGGUGAACACGUUCACGUGUUUGUUGAGUUCCUUGAGGAACGGUUCGCCAAAUAGUUUCCCUUGUGCCUGGGGCCCAAUUUCCUUUGUGCCAAGGUCUGCCAAUUUGCCGUUAAUACGGUACAACGCUGCUUUUCUUCUCUCCGAAGAGAGCGUAACAUUAGUGUUUCCGAUGAAACAAAAACACCGUUGUGCCCACUCACGAAUAUCAUGUGCCCAUUCCCUGAUGUCCUCAGCGGAGAAGGAAUCGGCUUUGGUGUAGGCAUCAUCAGCCAGAUACAUAAUGCGAGCCAGGGGCCGACAGAAUCCAGCAGGUUAUCUUGGGCGCCCCAUAGGCCUUUCUCCACCCCUCGGCGAGGGUCUCUACCGCUGCGCGUCAUGAAGGUUGACAUAACCUUGUCGAAUUCCGGGGUCUGAGCGACCUUAUCCGGCAGGGAAGGGCGUGGGCAUUCAGACCUGAGACGGCUGCGGACCUCUUUCUCCAGAGGUUUGCGGAGCCACAGGUGCAUAAACCUUGAAAGGUGUUCUGGAGGCGACCAGUCACCUGAUCUGGGGUGCCGAAUGUUGCGGGGGUCGAACAUCACCUGGCCUGAGGGGUCCAAGAUGGUGUCUGCAUCAAGAGGAGGCUCUGCGUCCGCAGUGUCCUCUGCACCUCCUGUCUGGGCCGCACCCAGUAGGGUCUCUCGCAUGAAAGCGGAGACAGAUUUCUCGUCCGAGCCCCAUGCGUCGUAGUCCGAGUCGGAGGCGUCAGCUUGCCAUUCAUCCAGCACUGACAUGGACUGUGCGUCCUGCUCUUCGCCUGAAGAGUACUCCUGACGCGGGGCCGGGGUGUGUAAUUUGGCAGACUUGCGCUUGGCAGGUGCCUUACCCUUAGUCGGUUUGGGUGUGUAGUCUUCGCCUUUGUCAUGGCGUUUUUUAGGGCGGGAAUCCUCCCGUGCCUGGUGGUCGGACACUUCAGAAUCCGAUUCGUGGCGUGGACGUCUGCGUUUUGGUACGUCAGGAGCCGAAGCUCGGGCCUUGGAGAGUGCCUUCUCCACAGAGGCAGCGACAGCUGCGUUAAUCAUGGCCUGGAAGUCCACAGGGACGUUCUGGGAAUCUUCCAUGUUAGGGUAGGCUUAUAGGUCACUGAGAGGCACAGCAAUGAACAGGGACCCAGGUCUUGAUAGUAGGCGUAGGGUCAGAUUUGGAAGUAUGGUGGGAACAAGCCCAAAAUAACCACAGCAGGGUAUAGUAGUGACCUUACAAACUGGGGCUCACCCAGUUAGAGAGAACUGCAACAGCUAGUCUCCCAGUAAGCAGCGUCUUUAUAGUGGGGGCUCACCCCGGUUGCACAGGGAUGGUACCCUUAAGUGCAGGCCACAAUAAUAAUAAUAAACAGACAGCAGCACUGACCUGACUGACCCAGCCACAGGAUAGCUUGAUAGAAGCAGAUGAGGCACAGAGACUGAGUAGCAGGUUGAAAGCAGCAGAUGGAGUGCUGAGCAGGUAAUCCUUCAGUCACAGGGGUGUCAGACACAAAAGGUGUGAAAAACAGCAGCUUAGGAGGUAACAGCAAGCUAGCACAGCCACACUGAGUCCCUAAUGAGAUGCACGAGGCAAAACUAAGAUGGCCGCGAGAAUCUCGCGAUGUCCGCGAUCCAAAAUGGCGGCCGCGAGGUAGGCCGCAAGCCGGGGACUAAAUUUUGAGGCCGGAAGCGGGCCGGCGCGAAAACGGCCGCGAACAAAACCAGCCGCAAGGAGGAAGCCCAGGAGGGCACUCCAGGGUAGGGGGGCAGAGGGGGAACCUGGGGAAACCAAGGGGAAGCCCAGGGAGGGUCCCAGGAGGCACAGAGGGGCAGAAGGAGGCAGGAAAAACCCACAGAGAGCCCCUAGUCCCCCAGCCCUUGUAUAGAACAAAUAAUAGAAGGAAAAGCAAAACCAAGAUGAUAAAGUAUGUUGCAAUAGCAAGGAAUAAACAAGUAAUGACAAUAAAUGUAUAACAAGUAAUGACAAUAAAUGUAUAACAAGUAAUGACAAUAAAUGUAUAAAGCUCCAGGGGAGCAAAUAUUCUGACCUGUCUGCGAUGGAGCAGUAAAGAAAGAGGAAGUGUACAGGCAGCAUGACCCUUAUAUACUAUGCUGCUCAGUGAUUUAUUUGUUACUCUUUACGUUUUUCUUUACUGCUGUGGAGUUUAGUAAAGAGAGUUAAUGCAAAAUAGGAAGCCUCCUGUCAUGUUAUAAAAUUGUACAUUCAGUGAUGGUUUUUAAAUUCUCAUUGUGCACGUUAUAUAUAUCUGCAGACAGUAUAGGGAUCUAGCCCAGUUCCCAGCGACCUCAUUCUUACUAAUUCUCUCAGCGCUAUAAAAAUCGCAUUGCCAGAGAGAAUAUGCUAUUGAUAUCUUACCAGCUAUGGUCGUCCAUGUUGUUGUUAGGGACGGGACAGACUCUAAUAGAUGGAGAAAUUACACUUUAUUGAUAUUUUCACUCUGUUUUUAAAUUUAAAUUCAUUUUUUUCCCUUUAUAUAUUUAUCUAGCACAAACAUAGAACGAUGGUGGCUGGGGUUGUCACAGUUGGUUAAAAUCAAUUUUCUCUUGAAGACAAUAGAGUGAGGCCAUUUGGCAAAAGCCAAAUAUAUACUGAGGUGUGUCCUGAUACAAUGACAAGCCUGAAUUUGUCAGGUUAUUAAACUAGCAGCGGCUGAAAUGCAUUCCUAUUUAGUGUAUGUGUGUACUGACUUUUAUGCUAAGCCCACAGACAGGAAGGGGGCAGACACGGUCUGAUAGGGGUGGCUGGGUUCCCCUGUCAGUAUUUCAGAGGUAUGGGGGCCCUUCCCUAAUUGGGGUGUUUAGAAACCGUUGACAGAUUCUACUGAUAAUGUCAAGGUCAAAACACUAAAGGAGGGGCUGUGCCCUGUCUAAAAAUAGGAAAGAUCAGGGGUCUCAGAUGCCAAAUGGCAUUCAAAGGGUCCACUUAGCAAUUUUAUCCCUGAGAACUGGCAGCACUCCACCUUGUGCGAACUACUAAUCUCAUGAUGCUCGACCGUCUCCUGGGUAUCUAAUCCACGGCAUGGCUAUCUGUCUUAUUAUUUAUCUGUAGCAACCUGUCUAAUGAUUGUUCGCUGAAUGAACAGUUACUUAGCGACAUACACAGAAAUAUUAUUAGGAAACACGAAUUAGUCGUUAAUCGCUAACCAUAUACUGGCAGAGCGUAAUGUAGUUUAUAAAGCACUGGGCAACCAAUGGUCUCCUCAAUGUCCUCUUUGUGUCAAACCUCUGCAGAUGUGAUGAGCACUAAACCAUUGUUUUGGGAUCCAAAGGUUACUGCAAGUCACUUUAUGCCAAGUAGAAAUAAGCAGAGGAGUGCAAAUAAUUAAUAAAAUCUAGGAACCGUAACUUCCUCAAAUGGAGGUUUAUAUGUUGGUUGAACAAGAGGCAAGAGGGAAAACUGGCCCAUUUAUAAAAAACAAUCAGUUCAUAUCCUCAUCGGGGCAGAAAGCUUGGUUAAUGAAAUAGAGCUGUCUCUGAUACAUCUUGGAUAUUUUGUUGUACAUCGUUCUCUUUGCACCAGUCCCGUUUUAACGUCUUUGUAAUCAAACCCCUUUUACUGUCAGGAGUCCGGCAAUAUAUCCCCAGCACGGCUCCUUGUAUUGAGCUCUGAAAUUGAUUUUGUUUGACCCCUGCAAUGACCUAAUGUUUGUGAUUUGUUUCCAGGAGGUUAGAUUCAUGCACCAUGGGGGCAGUCGUGAUAGAUGAUAAUCCGUCCAGCGUUAAGGCCCCUGACGGAGGAUGGGGAUGGGCUGUCCUGUUUGGCUGUUUUGUUAUCACCGGAUUCUCCUAUGCUUUCCCCAAAGCGGUCAGCGUAUUCUUUAAGGAGCUGAUCCGGGAGUUUGGAAUUGGAUACAGUGAUACGGCAUGGAUCUCUUCAAUCCUCUUAGCAAUGCUGUACGGAACAGGUAGGUCAAAGGGAAAACUCAUUGUGUCUUCUUAAUAACUGUUUGUACCAUCUUUUGGUUUCACAAUAGGAUUCACUCCCCCUGUUUUGGAUUUUUCCCUCUUCUCUUUAAUUUCUUUUCUGUUCUUCCUUUUCAUUUUCUUCAAUUACACAAGCUUUAAGGUUGGAGGUUUCGAACCUUUUUUGAUUUUGUUUUAGUCCUUUAUUUGUUCCUUUUAUGCGCUUGCUGUGUUGUCUGGCUUUUUGGCUCGGAAACAAUCAGUGCCCCACUUACACUUUUUUGUUUAUUAUUUUUUUUUCCUUUGCUGAAAGUUGCCAACUGCCAUUGUUUUUAUAGAUGACUCCCUCUAACCCCAACUAACCUGAUUCCCCUCAUUACGUGGCUGUUUGUCUGCAGAACGGGAGAGAGUCACCCCCCUUCAUCCGGCUCCCAGUGCACAUGCUCCCCCAGCUUUGCUGCUGGUGUUUAGAAAUCAAUCUGUGUAAAUAAGACACAUUGACCUUCUUCUAAAUUACAUUUAGUUGCAUAAAUUAUUAGUAAGUCACCUAAACAGCCUCCCAUAACCGCACUUGGGAUCAUCCUGGCUUUAUCCUAGAGCAGGGGUAGGCAACCUAUGGCACGUGUACCAUGCACGGCACUUGAGAUGUCUUUGCACGGCACUCAAGGCUGGCUGCUAGAGCCAAACAGGCUCUGGCCUAUCAGGAGUUCCAGUGAAACUUCAGAUAUCUGCUAAUACAAAUUCCAGCACUUGUGAAUGGGAAUCCACACUGUAGUAGAGCAGCCCACAGCUGCUGUUGUAGCUCCUGUCCUUGACCUGUACCUGGCCAGCCUGGUCCCUAGUGGAACCCAGGGAAGCCACCCACACUGCUAGAUAUACACAGAAAUGCAGAAUAACCCUCCCCUCAUACAAAUAGCAGCCCACACACAAACAUACACACAAUCCGCACAAACGCAACACUACUAACAAUCCACAUACAUGCACACAACCCCACAUGCAGCCUCUCACAUGCAAUACCCCAAACAGCCCAAACAUAUACACACCACCAAACUGUCUGGAUUACUAGGUGAUCCAGUACGCAGAAUAAUAUCACACCUAGGACUAAGGAUAACGUAUAACCGGAUCUUAAAAUGGCCCGACUUAACGUAUCCAAGAACAGUCAGAAUACUUGCCGGGGUCAGGGAUACAGAACGAGACACAACGAUGAGGGAAAGCCAAAAGUCAAGGAUACCAGAAUUCAGGGAAGUCAAACAAAGCCAAAGUCAAACACCAGAAAUAUAACGAUCAGGAACACUCUGUCAGAUAACCAGCUAAGGGAAACCACGACAGGGCACUGACCAAAUGCUUUAAAUAACCCUCCUAAGGCUGUAAUUGGCUUUGUCUGACCUCUGACCCCAAAACAUGUGUGCGCCUCUAUGAUGUCACGCCAUACGCACGUUGGCACCAUCUUUGAUGUGGGCGAAGGUGGAUUUCUUAUAAAAGCCCGGAACGCAGCGGCCGGCGCUCCUAGGAAUGUUGCACCCGCUGGGGACCGGAAAAUAGGGAGACCGGAAAAUAGGGAGACCGAAAAGCUACCCGCCAAGCCCAAGGUAAGUUUAAAGUAUCUAUGACAGCGUGGCUGCUCUGUUUGAGUUCAGUCAGGCGGUCAGAUAUGCCAGGAGCUGUGACACAAACACACAAUGUGACACAUCCAUGCACAUACAAUACCACAAGCAUCCCCCAUACACAGCCCACAUUCAUAGGUAUCAUACACAAUACAACAAAUUACUCUUGAACAUAAACAAUAUAACAGCUCAUAUACGCACAAAUACAACGAUACAAAGCAACUUCAUUAUAAAUAACACAAGCAGAAUACGGCAGCAUGCACACCUCAAUUUAAGAAAAUAGGACCGGCACGCUACGGGACAUCACAAUCAUAUUUCGGCACAGUGCUGAUAAAAGGUUGCCUACCCCUGACCUAGAGACUUCGGGGUUUACAAAUUAGCUGAACAUCAAUUGUCCACCCAGUAAACUAAUUACCAGUAGUGCUACAAAAAUAAAACCUCCCUCCAGUUCCUGCUUUUGUGUAUAAUUAGGGCGAUCCUGUUGUGAAAGUAACUCUAAGAUACAUGAAGACACUCCUGAGCCUUCCAUUAUUUGUCUCUCUUUCAGGAACUGACUUGAUGACAUUUUAAACAAGAUCUAGUCUGUACCAGUAUGACUAUAGCUUAAUUUGACUCAGCCUGGUCUGGUGGGUAACUGAGAGGGCUGGAGGAAAGAUAAUUCAGCCUCACUUCCUCUCUGCAGUUAAAGUACUGUGAUACUGUAAUUGUCAAUGUGCUUUGUCCUGUAUAAACGUUCCCUUUAAUAGUUACUGUAAGUGCUAUAAUUAACCGCUAAUUCCGGUUAUAGUCAUGGCAUCGACUGUGUGAAUUGUCACGUCUGCCUGUUGGGUCACUAAACAAAGCGGCUGUUUAAUCCCCUUCUUAUUUAACCAAUCCUUCGGAUCCUUAAAUUCAACACAAGUGGAUCCAUUUUGCACUAAAUACUGAAGAGUUUUAGCUGUUCAAAAAAAAGUCAAUACAAUUUUGAGACUGUUAUGGCUUAAUUGAAUGUGGAAUGUUUGGUAACUUAUGUUCUCCUUAAAAUAAAACCUCAUGGGGGCAGAGCCUAGCUUCCAGGCUGAGCAGACGUGCCAAGACUGAGCUCCUGGUAAAACUCACUGCUUUGGGGGGAAUAAACCCAAAAACCCUGAACUUCCAUCCUCUGGAGGAAUACCAGCAAGAAGGGGACACCUGGGCGAACCCAUCGCUACCUGACUCGUCUCUAUCACCGCCAGGGAACCCGGAAUAAUUUACUGAGGCCUACUGAGGUUCAAGCUAGGGUGAGGCGGCCACUUUCCUCACCUGCGAAUUCGCACAUGGAUCCCUCAGCUCUCCUGUCUCCUACCCCCACCCCUCCCUUUGGACCGGUGGGUGACAUCCCUGUCUACACUGGGCAUCUGGAGCAACCAGCUUGGAUCGAGUAUUAAGCCUCGAACACUGCACACGUGGCGAAGCCCUCUCGCGGCACACCCAAGAUGGUGGCAGCUCAUUCACCUUAUGCUCACAGCCUGCUUCCAAGCCAAAGGCCCCAACAGGGUGCUGCUACUAACUCCCUGCAGUGCUUAGAGGCAAUAUUUCUCCGCUUCUGGAAGAGACUCCGGGAGCGCGAACAGGAUGCCAGGAACAAGCCACAAGACAAACCAGACAGGGGUGAGCGAGAUCACAUGCAGCAGGGAGCGAAGGGGUCACCCUCGGGCACAGCACCUGUUUACCCAACCACCCUCACUCUUUGUGGCUGAAGGCCACAAGAUCUAGGACCUGAAAGCAUCACCCACACCUGCGGAGGAGCCAGCGCCGUAAGCAGCAGCAGACCACCAGGCCCUCCGGUACUCACAUAGGUGAAAGUCACUGAGUUUGUGGUGAUAAGAUGCAGGCCUCUACACCAGCCUGGGGCUGGAGGGACACCCUCACCCGCACCGUGCAGCAACGGCCAUCUGAAGCCCACCAGCGGGCUCCAACUGUUUUCCAGCAGAGGGAGUCGGAUGACAGAGACAGUCACCCAGAUAUUACCCCACGUCUCCAGUCCUCUCUUCACCGUAUUCAUGUGCACCUCACACAGACAUGUGGACUCACUUACCCCUGGCAGCUACAAAAAGCUAAAUGUGACCUUUUCCUAGAGUUCCAGACUACAGUGCAAAGCAAUGUUUAGCAUAGCCUGAUAUGUUCUGCAUAACCACACACAAUAGAAACACUCUCAGGCACACAUAUAUAAAUAUCUUGCCCAACCUAAGUGCAUAAAUAACGUUCUUGACCUGUAGUCAGCACGUUUGCCCAAGCAUUCUCUACUUUUAGUAGACACGUCCACAUAAUCUAUUGUAUCUAGUUUAAAGUGUGUGGUCUCGCUCACUGUCCUAGGCUACUGACACUAGCAUGUUUUCAUAUAUUAACCCUUUCUUGACAACAAUCAUCUUUAUUAUCGUGUUAGAGUGUUUACAAAAUUAUGUAUCUGAUACCAUGACACUGUUUAUUCUGACUGUUUUGCUUCACCUGCUAUUACUGUUGUGGUAUCGCAGACAUGUAUAUUAUCAUGUGCACUAUAAAAAAAAUUUUUUUUAAAAAUAAAACCCCAUACUUGACUUUUUUUUUUUUAAAUGUCAAAAAUAUAUAUAUUAGUUUCAUGCUGUAUGAUAAACUGUUUAGAUCCCCAGCACAAUGGGAGCCACAGCACCACUCUGCCGUGUUUAGCAAAGUAAUAAAGUUCUUGACAGGCGCACAGUCAGAUUUACCGGCAUAUGCGCUAACCUUACCCCGAGCCCCAUUAAGACACGGACACUGGUUAUACUAUUGGAAAUAUUAGUCCACAGCUUUAAUUAUUAAUUAAUUAAGGAAUAACAAAUAGGGUCAUUGUCAGCAAAUAUUAUUAAAGCCAACAUCCCCCCAUAUACAUAACAUACCCCUGGCAAUGACCCCACAAUAAUAACAAUUAAUAACAAUCUAAUUAACAUAUUAACACAGAAACUGGCCGUCCUAUAUGGCCACAUUUCCACCAGAUUAAAUUGUAGGGGUGUACCAAGACACCACUACACCCCCAGGUUCGGAGCCACCGAUGGGCUCGGAGCCACACUGAACCUCCAGAUGCCCACCUCCUCCUCCAUCUACGCCCCGAUUUAACCUGGCCAUACACCGCUGCUGUGAAAAAUGGGAACAUUUUUAUAACCUAACCAAAGUCAGGGAAGGUGGGAGGGACAACUGACAGGUACGUUUAGGUUAAGAUGGCUACUUCACAAAAUAGCCGGUAUAAAUACUCCCAUCGUAGCUCCGCCCCACCAAGCUAUCUAGCUGUCACUCAACUGGCCGUUAUGCCUACCUCCUGGCUCUGUCAAGGUCCACUCCCCUAGCUGCGCUGAUCCAUGGGCUACAAAAAACUGCUAAACUGCAGAGAAGAUAUUUCAUACGAGUUUUAGUAAAUUUGACAGCUUUUGUUUUAAUAAAUGCAUUCAUAUCAUCUUUCGUUUCUGUAACCAAACCAAAAGAGGUCUUUAACACCCGAUUGCUGCUUUUUGAACACAUCCUUUUCUAAGCCUAACCGGUUAUUACUAAACAAAGACAACGUAAUUCCUUGUGCUGUUCUUCGCACAGAAACCCAAUAUUGAGUCACUUCUGUUUUUAUAAAAGUAGGUGUUACGAUAUAAAAUUCAGCAUUUCAACAUGUGCUUUGAUGCUUCAAGGAAAUUGCUCAAAAAUAAAUGAACCAUUUUGAUGUAAGCUUCAAUUUCAUCAAAAGAAAACAGAUUGACAUGAAAAUAAAAUCCUCAUUUGUCCUUCCUGUUUUAAUGCGGUGUACGUUAUAUACAUGUUGUACUUCUAAAGGGGAACUGAGAAAGAAUCCGGUCAGAUGAAAACGUCUGCUUAAAGGAACAUUGCCAUUGCCCCCAAAUUUAUUUUUAAAUACAUUAUUUAGUAGAUAUACCACAAUUAAAAAAUGAAUGCAUUGGGGGUAUAUGCAAAACAGCUUGCAAAAGCUGCAGCUAUCUUGUCUGCAGCCUUUGCAAUUGUUCAUUUCUUUCCCUGGCAACCACUUUGAUUAUGUGCCGGGAAAUAUUUCCAAUCAGAGGCUUCUCAUUUAGAAGUCUGUGGUUAAGCCACGAGCGCUGUAUGAUCGAGGCUUCUCAAUCCAAUGCUUCUCAGUACAGCUCAUUGAGAAGGGGGAAGGCAAAUUCGUGCUAGCACAGCGAUCCUGCCAAUUCAGUAUGCUCUAUGGUGCUAAUGGAAGCAGUGGAUAACCUUCCUGUUUCUGACCGCAAUUAUAAAAGUGCUGAUAAAUAUUUAAUAAACUGUCACAAAUGUGACCGUUAGAAGCUUUGCCAUUUGCGCCUUAGCGGUAAGCAGAGAGGGAGAUAAGAAAAAAUGCUUCAUGGUUUGUCUGUUUGCUUUAGCUAAUAGAAGAGAUUAGUAGCCCAUGUUGUAAAACGGAAAGCAGAACUCGAUUUUUCUGUAGGCCUUGUAGCCGAAACGUUCAGCUCAUGAUAUUAAAGAUCAAUAUCUUUUGCAAAUCAUGGUUGCUCUGCAUUGCAUGUAUUUAUUGAAUUUACACAAUAAGCCCCAUGUUUCUUUUAAGCAGUUAUAGAAUUGCUAGAGGUAAAAGUGUGUUCUGUUUCUGGGGAUGAAGAGAUUAGCCGCACAUCAGAUAAUAAGAUAUAAAUAUCCUGUCUUUGUGUAAAACCACAGUCAUCUCGUUCUUAGAGAUGUCAUCGCACAACUCACCAGUUACAUUAUUUUGGCGGGGUGAUUUUUUAGGUUAAAAAAAAGUGUUUUCAAGCAGUUUGGUAACGUGAAAAAGAUCCCUUUUAUAGGAAGGUGGUGUGCGGUUUUGUGUUAAGAUCAUCAGAGGCGAUUUAUUGCGUUCGAGCUCAUAAAUAAUUUAUGAUAUAAUGUAUUGUUUACCUAUAGUAACCUGAUGUAUACAGUAAUCCCGAUGCACCAAAAUUGGUCAAAUCAAUAAAUAUUUGGGACAUCUCACAUGGAAGCUAAUGUAGUUCAGUUGCACAGCAAGUGCUGCACUGAACCCUACUGCAUCAAUCAGGUAAUGCAGUUAAAUAUAGCCAUUAAAUCCAACUCGCUACACCAGAGACAGAUAACCUGGGAUUUCCAAAUAUUUAGUGCUACCUAAAAUACUUAGCCAAUGGCAGCAUUGACAUCACAUCACCAAUGCUGAUAGUUCCUAUUGCUGAAUGUUCAGUGCAUACCACUUGUAUAGCUCCUGGCUGCUGUGCCAUGAAACUCUCAUUCUACGUGGCCAGCCAUAAGAUGUAGCCCUUGUCAGCUUAUAAUCAGACUGGACACAGAUUGCUACUGGCUAGGAUUACACGUCAUUCCCUGUUUAAGCCUAAUUUUGUUUUUCUUUUGGAAGGUCCCCUAUGCAGUAUCUGUGUGAAUCGUUUUGGAUGUCGGCCAGUAAUGAUGGUUGGGGGCCUGUUUGCGGCUCUCGGAAUGGUUUCCGCAUCAUUUUGCACGAGUAUUCUUACAAUAUACCUCACUGCCGGAGUCAUCACAGGUAGGUUACCUCGAUGUGUACAUUAAAGGAACACUACAGGGAGUGCAGAAUUAUUAGGCAAGUUGUAUUUUUGAGGAUUAAUUUUAUUAUUGAAUAACAACCAUGUUCUCAAUGAACCCAAAAAACUCAUUAAUAUCAAAGCUGAAUAUUUUUGGAAGUAGUUUUUAGUUUGUUUUAGUUUUAGCUAUGUUAGGGGGAUAUCUGUGUGUGCAGGUGACUAUUACUGUGCAUAAUUAUUAGGCAACUUAACAAAAAACAAAUAUAUACCCAUUUCAAUUAUUUAUUAUUACCAGUGAAACCAAUAUAACAUCUCAACAUUCACAAAUAUACAUUUCUGACAUUCAAAAACAAAACAAAAACAAAUCAGUGACCAAUAUAGCCACCUUUCUUUGCAAGGACACUCAAAAGCCUGCCAUCCAUGGAUUCUGUCAGUGUUUUGAUCUGUUCACCAUCAACAUUGCGUGCAGCAGCAACCACAGCCUCCCAGACACUGUUCAGAGAGGUGUACUGUUUUCCCUCCUUGUAAAUCUCACAUUUGAUGAUGGACCACAGGUUCUCAAUGGGGUUCAGAUCAGGUGAACAAGGAGGCCAUGUCAUUAGAUUUUCUUCUUUUAUACCCUUUCUUGCCAGCCACGCUGUGGAGUACUUGGACGCGUGUGAUGGAGCAUUGUCCUGCAUGAAAAUCAUGUUUUUCUUGAAGGAUGCAGACUUCUUCCUGUACCACUGCUUGAAGAAGGUGUCUUCCAGGAACUGGCAGUAGGACUGGGAGUUGAGCUUGACUCCAUCCUCAACCCGAAAAGGCCCCACAAGCUCAUCUUUGAUGAUACCAGCCCAAACCAGUACUCCACCUCCACCUUGCUGGCGUCUGAGUCGGACUGGAGCUCUCUGCCCUUUACCAAUCCAGCCACGGGCCCAUCCAUCUGGCCCAUCAAGACUCACUCUCAUUUCAUCAGUCCAUAAAACCUUAGAAAAAUCAGUCUUGAGAUAUUUCUUGGCCCAGUCUUGACGUUUCAGCUUGUGUGUCUUGUUCAGUGGUGGUCGUCUUUCAGCCUUUCUUACCUUGGCCAUGUCUCUGAGUAUUGCACACCUUGUGCUUUUGGGCACUCCAGUGAUGUUGCAGUUCUGAAAUAUGGCCAAACUGGUGGCAAGUGGCAUCGUGGCAGCUGCACGCUUGACUUUUCUCAGUUCAUGGGCAGUUAUUUUGCGCCUUGGUUUUUCCACACGCUUCUUGCGACCCUGUUGACUAUUUUGAAUGAAACGCUUGAUUGUUCAAUGAUCACGCUUCAGAAGCUUUGCAAUUUUAAGAGUGCUGCAUCCCUCUGCAAGAUAUCUCACUAUUUUUGACUUUUCUGAGCCUGUCAAGUCCUUCUUUUGACCCAUUUUGCCAAAGGAAAGGAAGUUGCCUAAUAAUUAUGCACACCUGAUAUAGGGUGUUGAUGUCAUUAGACCACACCCCUUCUCAUUACAGAGAUGCACAUCACCUAAUAUGCUUAAUUGGUAGUAGGCUUUCGAGCCUAUACAGCUUGGAGUAAGACAACAUGCAUAAAGAGGAUGAUGUGGUCAAAAUACUCAUUUGCCUAAUAAUUCUGCACUCCCUGUAUAGUCACCUAAAUUACUUUAGCUAAGUAAAGCUGUUUUAGUGUAUAGAUCAUUCCCCUGCAAUUUCACUGCUCAAUUCAGUGUCAUUUAGGAGUUAAAUCACUUUGUUUCUGUUUAUGCAGCCCUAGCCACACCUCCCCUGGCUAUGAUUGACAGAGCCUGCAUGAAAAUAAAACUGGUUUCACUUUCAAACAGAUGUAAUUUACCUUAAAUAAUUGUAACUCAAUCUCUAAAUUGAACUUUAAUCACAUACAGGAGGCUCUUGCAGGGUCUAGCAAGCUAUUAACAUAGCAGGGAAUAAGAAAAUCUUAAUUAAACAGAACUUGCAAUAAAGAAAGCCUAAAUAGGGCUCUCUUUACAGGAAGUGUUUAUGGAAGGCUGUGCAAGUCACAUGCAGGGAGGUGUGACUAGGGUUCAUAAACAAACGGAUUUAACUCCUAAAUGGCAGAGGACUGAGCAGUGAGCAGUGAGGCUGCAGGGGCAUGUUCUAUACACCAAAACUGCUUCAUUAAGCUAAAGUUGUUUAUAUAGUUGUUUAAAGGUAUUUAUAUAGCGCCAACUUAUUCCGCAGCCCUUUACAAUUUUAUGAAAGACGGGAAGUUUAACAGUGAAUGAGACAAUAUGACACAGGAACAGGUAGAUGAGGACCCUGCUCAAACAUGUUUACAGUCUAGAGGCAUUUGCACAACAUUCAACAAGAAUUAUAGUUAGCAAUUCUGGAGGACUUGGCUACAGGUUUAUGGCCUAGUGGAGAUGGAUUCCAGCGGUGGGGUGUCUGUGAAUCAGACCUGGGCACAGAUCUCCUGCUAACCGAUGCCCAUCAAUGGUGGAGCACAGUCCCACUCAGUAGUGAGAAGCCAAACAAUCAUAAGCCCAUAUGUAGUUGACUGUCCAGUCACACAGGGACUUGUCGUUGUGGCAGCUGUUGGAACCACAAGGUUCUGCUUGCCCAUGGUAGGUCCAGGUAGUCAUGGAGUUAUGGUUCAGCUCUCGGCUUCAGCAGGACCAUCGCUUUUUGCAGCUAACAGGAUCGCGUAGAAGCAGGCUUUCCCGCCCUUGCAUGGAUACCCUUGUAAUGUGCUCAGAAAGCACUGGUGUCACAGGAGGGGUAUGUAUCUACUAUCUUGGUCUGAGGGUAUGUUGUCGAUGAUGAAGCUUAGCCCAGAAAACUGCAAAUAGCUGGGCAAGCCUGGUCAGAACGUGAGACUGCUGGUCUGUAUUGUCUAGGAGGAAGUUGGUAUCUUUCAUAUUAAACAAGGCACCAGUCCCAUGGCUUAAUCGAUAAAAUAUGACUCUACAUAUGGCACUACAGCGCGAGUUAUUAAUGUUCUAUCAGAUAAGUAUACUUAUCAGAUUUCUAUACGGACAUCACGUCCCGUGCACCCGCUUCACCGCAGGCACGUUAGCUGAUCCUGGGGGUAUAGAAUUCUGACGGAGGCACUGCGUGCAUGCGCGCCACCUCCAAUGACGUGGGAUCAGCUGCUCCUCUAAUCUGAAGGUGUACCGCGCAUACGCGCAUUACAUAAAACAGAUUUCUAUACUACAGCUUUCACUGUGUACUAACACAGUGGAAAUAGCUGAGAUGCAGGAUUAUGGGGGUGACACAUUAGGGAUCACCCAUCCCCUGUGUGUCACAACAUUAUCCCCCCAUCCACAGUAUAUAACUCCCAUUAACCUCACCAUCCCUAGUGUGUCACCCCCAUAAUCCUGCAUCUCAGCUAUUUCCACUGUGUUAGUACACAGUGAAAGCUGUAGUAUAGAAAUCUGAUUGAUGUACCGCGCACAUGCGCAGUACAUCCGUCAGAUUUCUAUAUCUGGAGGGUGUGCCACGCGCAUGCGCGGUACACUUUCAGAUUAGAGGAGCAGCUGAUCCUGUGUCAUUGGAGAUGCGCGCCGCCUCUGUCAGAAUUCUAUACCCCAAUAUUAGCCUGCGCGCAGCUGAUCUUGCGUCAUUUCCCGUGACGCAGGUGCACCGGAAGUAACGUCCGUAUAGAAAUCUGAGUAUAAGUAUACUUAUCUGAUAGAACACCUGUCAGCUCAGCAGUUAGGCUCCGUCCCUCCUUUUUCCAAGUUAUUACAUUUUUAAAAUCCUUAAUUUCUUAAACCCCAGUAGAAUCUCAUCUGUUCUCAUCUUUAAAUAGUCAUGACUAUUUUACUUGACUGAGUCGCAGAACUGAGUGGUGGGUAUGCUUUUUUAGCACAGCAGAGCAUACAUUCCUAGAUACUUGUUACUGAAACCAAUGCAGGAUUCCCCACUGACCCCACUGCAUUUCGAACAAGACCUUGUGCUUAGGCUGUAUUUACAUUCUUCACGUCCACCAUACCUACUUCAAGGCUCCCAUUGGGCACAAAGGCAUUAAUGUACCUGGAAUUUAUAACAUAUUUUCUGAUGCAUAUGCAUUAAAACCUAAAUCAGCCCCAAUUCCAGCAUUCUGGGAAUGUUUUUUGAUGUCAUGAUCUCACAUUUAACAGUUCCUAUUUCCUCUGCUAACAAAAUAAAAAAUUUUUUGUCUUGUUACAGGUUUGGGCCUAGCACUGAACUUUCAGCCCUCCCUUAUCAUGUUAAAUCGUUACUUUGAUAAACGCCGGCCACUGGCGAAUGGACUGGCUGCCGCCGGAAGCCCUGUAUUCCUCUGCGCUUUGUCUCCAUUGGGACAGAUACUGCAGGAUAUGUUUGGGUGGAGAGGCGGGUUCCUGAUAUUGGGUGGGCUUCUUCUUAACUGCUGCGCGUGUGGGGCUCUGAUGAGGCCACUGGAACCAGCGAAGAAGGCAAAUGAAGAAGUUAAAGAAAUCAAAGACAAGAAACCAAAAAAGCUUCUUGAUUUCUCUGUGUUUAAGGACCGUGGGUUUUUGAUUUACACGGUGGCUGCUUCGAUUAUGGUGCUGGGACUUUUUGUGCCACCUGUCUUUGUUGUAAGCUAUGCCAAAGACCUGGGCACGCAAGACACCAAGGCAGCAGCACUGCUUACAAUUCUUGGAUUUAUAGAUAUAUUUGCACGACCCACGUGUGGGGUUAUUGCAGGACUGAAGUGGGUUCGGCCACGGUGCAUCUAUUUAUUUGGCUUUGCCAUGAUUUUCAAUGGAUUUACUGACCUGGGUGGCUCCAUGGCAGAUACUUAUGGCGGACUGGUCGUCUUUGUCCUUUUCUUUGGGAUUUCAUAUGGGAUGGUGGGUGCACUGCAGUUCGAAGUACUGAUGGCUAUUGUUGGUACACAGAAAUUUUCCAGUGCCAUUGGACUCGUGCUCUUGGCAGAAGCUUGUGCUGUUCUCAUUGGCCCUCCGUCAGCAGGUAAACACAUUUUCAAUGACAAAUUGUAAAUAUUCAAAAUGAUGUCCAGCUCAGACUUUGCUUAAAAUAACCAUUACUGACUCUGGCUGAGCAGGGCUUAGUCCAGUCUCCACACUGUUAUAGCUUUCAUAAUAGCAAUGCAUUAAAUUCUUGCAGUACACAUAAAGGUGCAAUUAAAGCAAUGUUGGGGUCAGACCACAGGCACCCAAGGGAUGCAAGUUAGAGAAAACCAUUCGAAGAUUGUCACUUUAAUAUUGAGACAAUACAGGAGUCUCCUGGCACCAAAACCACGACAGUAGGCUGUAGGUUAGGGUUUAUAUUCUAAUUUAUAUAUAUAUAUUUAUUUUCCCCCUCUCUACACAUUUCAGCCCAGGGUAACGUCUGAAUUGCAGGAAAUUAAAGGGGACGUUUAUUAGAUAAGGCCCAUUUGAGCUUUUGAUCAGUUGAAGAAUCAUUAUUUCUUGUUGGUGAAGACUAAAGAGGUUUAUUGAACUUUGCAAAAAUGUAUGCAAGUCUGGUUAGAGAUUUUAUCAAAUCAGCAUAGUCACCAAUCGACUACCUUUUCAGAAAUUUUGCUGUUUAGGUUUUAGUCCACUACAAUUUGUUUUUUAGUAACUAAAAAGUGUUCAGUAGUUCCUAUCGUGCUCGUCAGAAACGCCAUCCAUCCCAGGUGAAGUUGGACAACCUGGAAUUUUAUGGUCAAUACCUGCUCUUGAUGAAUGGUGUCCAGUUUGAUUGGGAUGGGGGGAGAAUUUUUCUACAAUUAGAUUUUAUGAUCUUGUUGCAGUACAUAUAAUUUUUUUUUCUGUUCAAUGUGCAGGGAAAAUUCUGGAUGCAACAGGAAAAUACAUGUAUGUGUUUAUCAUCGCUGGUGUUGAAGUUGUCUUGUCAGCCCUGGUGCUCACAUUUGGAAACUUUUUCUGCAUCAGAAAAACCAAGGAACUGGAGCAUAAAGAGGAUGUUACAGAAAUUAAUGAGCUGCAUAAAGUGGAAGAUCAAGCCGUGGAAAGUGGCCCAGUGGAACCUGCAGAAGUGGAAGAGUUUCUUAAAGAUGAAAAAGCGAAAAAUGGCGAAGUAGUUACAAACCCAGAGACGUGUGUCUGAACAUUUGCAAACAUUUGUAGGAUGUUCUAAUAGAUUUUAGAGAGUAUUAGGGCCGUGCCAAUUGUCUGCAAUGUAUUCAGAAACUGAAUGUGUAAACCAAAAACCACAUCUUGUGCGUCACUUUUUUAAUUGUUUUUUAAUUUAAGGGAAUUUUUCUUCAAACAGCGUGAAAGCUACUGUGGUCAAAUAUUUAUUUUAAACCCAAAUUGCCCAUCAUUAUUUGCUUGGGGUAGUUUGGUCAAGGCCCCCCCAAAAAAUUACUUUUUUUUUUUUUAUUGUGUGACUGUGUGUAUUUUUAUAUAUAUUUUUUUUCUUGUUCUUUUUAUUAUUUUAAAUUUUAAUGUUUCAGUCCUAAAGAUGACGUGUGAUUAUGUGAUAUUUAUUUGACAGUACUUUAUACACUUUUUUGUGAUAUCUUUCAGAGUUUUAUUUGGUAUUGUACUGAAAAGUGAGUAAAACUAUAAAUACAUAGUCCUAUAAUUUUUUAAAA